GGAUGUGUGCGCGCUGUUGUCGUCUGGUGAAAUUGCUGGUGAAUUGCUACUACGAGCUUCGAACUUCGAACCCAUAAGUUAACCGCACGGCGGUCCGUUCUGCCCCGCCCACCGUCCCGUCACCGCCGCCGCCGCCGCCCCCCCCCCUGCCCGCUUACGCCCACGCUCGACGAAAAGCCGAAGAAAAACGCGCGCGCGACAAGUGAAGCGCACAGGUUAUCUGUGCUCGUAUGGGUCAAACAGUGAAUCAGUGUUUAUUUGUGUGAUUUCUUUUGUUUGCUGGCCAAUUGUGGGGCUUAAUUGAAUGCUUGUCUCAUAUGGGCCAACAGAACCCACAGGCCAAAAACAACAACAGCAACAGCAGGCACAGCAAAAGCCUACUCGAGUGUUUCGCAACGCCAUAAAAAAGCAUAUAUAUUGGAAAAAAAAGAGGAGAAAUACCAAAGUAGCACAUAUACACGCACAUAUCGACGAGAAGAGAAGCUAAGCCAGAAAUACUAUAUAUAUAUAUAUAUAGCAUAUAAAAAAACCAGUUUGGAGCUGUCGCAGCAGAAGCAGCGCAGUCGCAGCGUUUUGGCCGAGUAUUCUUUUUUUCUUUUAGCACCUAUGACACGAUCCACUCAUCAUUAAAGAACUUUUGGCGCCUAAGUGAAUUCCAAACAAAUCAGUGCAGCCAGCAAAUAAAUAAAUCAUUUGAGACACCAAAUCCCGGAGACAUGCAUCCCACCGAACUGAGAAGACUGGUGCUGGGCGUCGUCAUCGCGACCAUCGGCCUGGCGCUGGGAGCAGGAGGAGUCCUGGGCGAGAGUUCGUCCACCUGCGGACCCAACUUCCCUGCGGCAUGCAGCUGCGGCAAGGAGUUGUACGAGAGCGAACAGCAGUACGUUGUGAACUGCACGAACGCUGGACUGCGGAACACCAGUGUGCUGGAGUUCAUGCCCGAGCAGGUCGAGGUGCUCAUCUUCACGGGCAACCGGAUUGCCGAGUUGCCGUGGAACGUCUUCGGCAGCAUCAACGACUACAAGCAGCUGCGCAUCGUGGACAUGAGCAGCAACCACAUCCGCGAGAUUCGCGGCAAGAGCUACCAUCAUGUGCCGCGUGUGGAACGUCUGAUCCUCAACCACAACAAUCUAAGCAUCUCGCGGUUCGACGAUGAAGUGAACCAUCACCAUCCGCGCGUCUUCUCAAACUUCAUAAACCUGCAGAGUCUCCAUCUUACCGAUGCCUUCGAGGACAACAGUUCGCCGCAGCUGAGCGAGGAUCUGCACGACAUCUUCGUCAACAGCCAGCUUGUGAAGCUGCAGAAGCUCCAUCUGGAGCAGAACGAGAUCACGCACUUCAAGGACCGCAAUGUCUUCUGCGACCUGCCCUCGCUGCGUGACCUCCACCUGGGCGACAACGAGCUGCGUGACGUCAACUUCGAGGUGCGUUGCCUGAACAACCUGCGCUUCCUCGAUCUGGAGCGGAAUAAGUUCGGCUUCGUCAAGCCCAGCGAUCUGCGGGUGCUCAACGAGCUGGAGGAACGCCCCAACCGCACGGCCAACCUGAUCGUGGACUUUAACCUGAACCCCUUCGUCUGCGACUGCCGCAUCGCUCCCUUUCGCACGUGGAUAACCAGCACCCAGGUGACGGUGCGCAACAAGGACAGCCUGAUGUGCUUUCACUCGCCGGGCCGCGUGGACUCCUCACCCGCCCACCUCCUGCAGAUGGAUAUGGCUCAGUGUGCGGACGCCAUUGCCGCCGCUGCCACGAUCCUGAACACCGCCGAGGAGGAAAAGCUCUACGGAGGAGCCGAGGCGUCUAUCCAGCCGCAGGCUCACAUCAGCGGACACACGGCCACUCUGAUCUUCCUGCUGAUCGUGCUCAGCAUGAUCCUGCUGGGACUUCUGGUGGCGCUCGUCUACGUCAGCCGUGACAAGUUGAAGUACAUGAUCACGCCGGUGUUUGACAACGUGGCCAAGAAGGUGCAGUACACAUCGAUCAAGGACGAGGACUGCCCGGAGGUGCACGUUUAGAGACUACACAAGAAUACUUCACAGGAUCAACAUAAGAAAAGAAAAGGGAGAGGAUAGAAAGCCCGGUUUCCAUUUUGAAAUCCGAUGAAAAGUAACGCCAUUUGAAUUCUAAAAAUUUAUUCGGAUUCACAAGAGUUUAUGCGAUUUUAAUUUCCUUGAGCUGUAAAGAUUUCUUUAAUAGAACAAAAUCUUUGUAAACAAUUUUUAAAAAAGCUUGAUCGGAAUUGAACCCGAGACCGGGCCUAUAGCCUCAGUUUCGUUUUUGCCAUUCGCGUUACGCAAAACGUGUGCCAUUCACAGCAGAAGGGAAUGAGAAGGAGGAAACAAUUGGAUCACUUUAUAGUCCUAACCCGAAUCAGGACUCCAUCCUCUUGUUUCGUAGUACUUAAGCCUAUUGUUGCAUUUACAACAGAUGGAAAAAAUUACUGCAACACAACCAUAUUACACAGACAACAAACACACAAUUUCGUUAGUUUUAGCGGUUUUCUAACUUAACCUUAAGUCAGUUAUGCGUUCUAUGAUUUCUACACAAAGGAAUCGUACGAGAUCAGAAGGCAAAGCGGGCCUGUAACAACCGAUUUGACCACACAUAUAUAGUGACAUAUAUAUAUAUAGAAACAGACACAUCUAUAUACAUGCAUAUAUCGUAACAAACACUUUAGUGUUAUCUGUGAUUUAAGUUUAGUAGCUUUACUUUGUUAAAACUCUGCAGAACGAACAUUUGAAAUCGAUAUUGGUAAAAAAAAAAAAACUUUAAUUCUUUUAUAGCAUAACAGAUUAUUCUAUUCUUAAAAAAAUGUAAAAUGUUUGGAUGCUUAAUAUGUUAUUAAUCAAUUAAUUUGUCAAUUAUACUAGCUAUACGAUGAUUUCGCCCUUGAUUAACUACCAUUAACAAGCAUUUUUUAUAAAUAAACUUUUGAAAAACGAAA